GUCGUCGACUCAUCGUCGUGUCUCUCUCUCAAAAAAUCUCUGUUUGCUCCGCUCAACCCCAAAACCAAACCAGUCACACUCCCACCUCCUCUUCUCCUCUCUCUCUCUCUCUCUCUCUCUCUCUCUCUCUCUCAACCCAAACCCUCCCUUGAUUACCUCUUAUUUACGAUCCUAUCCUCCCCUGACUAAAUCUCGCCGCCGCGAAAAUCUCACCUCCGGUUCCCCCGUCCGGCGCAUUGCUCUGGCUUCCGCGGCGGAGCCGACUCCAUCUGUACAUAGAACCUUCCGGAAGACAUUCCUCCAAGCUUAAAAGGUUCCCUCAUUGAUAUAUCGUCAUGGAGAACGGCCAAAUACCCGAAGAUGCUAAUGAACAUUGCCCAGGUCCUCAAUCCGAGUCUGCAGGCAAGUCUGAUUCAUGUGAAGGAUGCCCCAAUCAACAGAUUUGUGCCACUGCUCCAAAGGGCCCUGACCCAGAUUUGGUUGCAAUUGCAGAAAGGAUGGCCACUAUCAAGCAUAAGAUACUGAUUUUAUCCGGGAAAGGUGGAGUCGGUAAGAGCACAUUCUCAGCACAACUUUCAUUUGCACUAGCAGCUAUGGACUUCCAAGUGGGUCUUCUGGACAUUGAUAUUUGUGGUCCUAGCAUACCGAAGAUGCUUGGCCUAGAAGGGCAAGAAAUCCACCAGAGCAACCUUGGUUGGUCUCCUGUCUAUGUUGAGUCCAACCUUGGAGUUAUGUCCAUUGGGUUUAUGCUUCCUGAUCCUGAUGACGCAGUUAUAUGGAGGGGGCCACGCAAGAAUGCGCUCAUUAAGCAGUUCCUCAAGGAUGUUGAUUGGGGCGAGCUUGAUUUUCUAAUAGUUGAUGCUCCUCCUGGGACCUCGGACGAGCACAUUUCAAUUGUUCAAGAUCUGGGUGCUGCUUCCAUAGAUGGUGCAGUCAUUGUCACCACUCCACAACAAGUUUCCCUUAUUGAUGUCAGGAAAGAAGUAAGUUUCUGCAAGAAAGUUGGAGUGCAGGUACUUGGGGUAGUUGAAAAUAUGAGCGGCUUACGCCAGCCAUUGUUGGAAGCUUCCAAAUUUUUUAGGAUGACAGAGGCAGGUGAGGAGAAAGACGUUACAGAAUGGGUUAGAGACUAUGUGAAAGAGAAAGCGCCGGAAUUGCUUGAUAUAAUUUCCUUGAAUGAAGUGUUUGAUAAUAGUGGUGGUGGAGCUGCAAAAAUGUGCAGGGAAAUGGGGGUACCUUUCCUGGGGAAGGUGCCGUUGGAUCCGGAGCUUUGCAAGGCUGCUGAAGAAGGUAGAUCGUGUUUUGUUGAUCAGAAAAGUGGCACGAGUGCACCUGCACUGAAGAACAUCAUUGAUACAUUGAUGGAGAAUCAGGGCAUAGUUAGAAUUUUGGUAGACAAUGACGCAUAGGUGAUUGACUUCAUCUGCCAAUUUCAACAUUUUCUGUCACUGGUUGUAGGACUUACACUUUUCUCAAACCUGGAUGGGAUCUCUUACAUGUAUCACAAAAUGUAGGGUGUUGUGUGUAAUUUUUGUUCUCAAGUAUUUAUCUAACAGUUCUCCAUUUCUUGACCAUGUGAACCAGUAAUUGAUCGAAUUUAGAGAGUGAGUUCUCCUCA